AUGGCCUGCACAAAGACCAAGCGAAGAGCUCGUAAUCGUACUCAACGGUACACUUCAAAUGUGUUUUCAAUGUUUAAUGAAAAUCAAAUUAGCGAAUUCAAGGAAGCUUUUCAAAUGAUCGAUGCAACCAAAGAUGGUGUCAUUGAUAGGCAUGACUUGGAAGAGAUUUUUGUUUCCUUGGGAAAAUCACCAAACGAUGAUCAUUUACACGGUAUGCUUUCACAAGCUCCCGGUCAGCUUAAUUUCACAAUGUUUUUAACAUUAUUUGGUGACAAAAUGUCGGGAUGUGACCCAGAAGAAACGAUUUUAAACGCCUUUGCUUGUUUUGAUCCUGAGGGUACAGGCGUAAUAAAUGAAAACCGUUUACGUGAAAUAAUGACUACAAUGGGAGAUAGGUGGUCUAAUGAGAAAGUCGACGAAUUAUUCCAUGGUGCACCAAUUCAAGAUGGCAAUUUCGAUUACAAAGAAUUUACACGAUUGAUUAUGCAUGGUCAAGAGGAAGAGGAAGGCCAAACGAACGAAACAUAA